UCCAGUAAAACGCUAACAUUCUUUAUCGGGUUCCUGCUUCCCUCUUUAACGAUGAAAUGUGUUAUUCCCCGCGCCACAUUAGUGAUUAUCGUUGUAGCUUUACGCGCUGAAAUGUCGUGUUGAGUGAAUCAGUAACCGAACCAAAUUCGUCUGAUUCGCACACGCGCGGAAUUCUUUUUCCAUAUUUUUCCUUGUGAGAGUGUUGUAUACUCGUUCUUUGUUUGGAGUCGAGUCGAACCGUAUAUUAAGCAAACAUAUUUAUAUAAUAAGCUCGCAGGAAUGUUGCUAGCGGCGAUAGCGGCUGAGCAUUCUCGCGAAAAAAUCGACUGAGUUGCAAAACUUUAUCUGAGAGCAACCUAUACUUGGGAAACGAAGUAAAAAUCGCUCAAUGGCUAAGUAUGUAUGCAUGUUUAACUACUCAGCAUGCACAGCGAGAAUUCUGACGUUCUCAGCUGAGUUAAAAUGUGCUCAGAACAAGAACGUGACAGUGUCUACUUCUCUUGCUGGUAAGUCAGUCUUUAUAAAUGCGCUAUGGCAGAAGUUUUCACAACAUAUAAGGGCGUGUUUGGCUUACAAAGAAUAGUUUCAUUCAAGUUCAAAAGAAUGCGGAUUCUUCCGAGAUUGUUUGCCACAGUUCUUAUGCUGAUAGCGCAACAAACAAAUGCGGACAUACCCGAUUGCGACUUCUUUGACACUGUCAAUAUAUCGACAGCUCAAAAGUUAUCAAAUGGCUCAUAUCUAUAUGAAGACUUGGUCAUUCCCGCACAUUUGACGGGUGAAUAUGACUACAAACCUUUGUGGGACGACUCGAAGGAGAAGGUGGCGAGCCACUUAAGAGGAUGUGUCUGCAAAUUGAAGACCUGCAUCCGGUUCUGCUGCCCUCACGAUCACAUAAUGCACGAAGGCAUAUGCUAUGAUGACAUGACGCAGGAGGACUCGGACGGGAUCGAUCCAUUCGUGAACUUGACCCUCGGCAACGGAUCGGUGGUCACAAGGCACUUCAAAAACGAAUUCAUCUUGCAGUGGGACUUGCCCAUGCCCUGUGCCAAUGGCAAUAUGUUCUACCUAGACAGCAGAGAAGAAACGGAUAAGUACACUCUGUUCAAGAAUGGAACCUUUAAGCGCCACCAUGACAACGCGUUCUUCAGCAAGCGAGAAUACUGCCUCCAGCAUAUGGAACUCAACGACGAAGUCCUAAACACAACUUUUUUGAAAAUUGUCCCUCACACCUGCCUGGUAGAGCAAUCUGAAACGGGGAAAACAGCACAAACUGUCGUGAUGAUCAUUUCGCUGAUUUGUAUGGUGCUAACGAUCAGCGUGUAUCUCUUUGUCAAGAAGCUACAGAACUUGCACGGCAAGUGCUUCAUCUGCUACAUGGUCUGUCUCUUCAUUGGUUACCUCUUCCUGUUGCUUAAUUUGUGGCACCUAUCGUUUAGUUUCUGCAUUACAGCAGGUUUCCUGGGCUACUUUUUCGUCAUGGCCGCAUUCUUUUGGCUGUCUGUCAUCAGUCUGCAUCUUUGGAAUACGUUCAGUGGGACCUCUCACCAAGUCAACAGAUUCCUGCCGGAGUCUCGGUUUCUGACCUACAACAUGUUCGCCUGGGGAAUGGCGGCACUCUUGACCGGAGUCACCUAUCUAGCUGAUAAGUUCGUGGAGAACGAGAAUUGGAAUCCUCGUGUGGGCAAAUUUGAAGAAUGUUGGAUCUUUACUCUCGAAUGGUCUGCCAUGCUAUACUUCUAUGGGCCGAUGCUGUUGCUGAUUGUGUUUAACAUUACCAUGUUUAUCCUAACGGCUAUUCGCAUAAUGAGAAUUAAGAGGGACAUACAGAACUUUGCCCACAAACAAGACAGGAAGCAAAAGCUCAACUCGGACAAACAGACUUACACCUUCUUUUUGCGACUCUUCAUCAUAAUGGGUCUGUCGUGGAGUUUCGAGAUAAUCUCUUACUUGGUGCAGAGCAACCAACCUUUGGCCAACACUUUACUGGUGGCUGACUACUUUAACUGGGGUCAGGGCAUCAUCAUAUUUGUACUGUUUAUUCUAAAGCCCAGCACGCUAAGACUUUUGAAGGAACGACACCAGCCAAAAACCACGUGGAGUGCCAUCAGUUCGAGAUCGAGAGUAAGUCGAAGUACGACUGGUGCAUCUUUCAAUCGAUUCACUAGGACAAACUCUUCGGCACCAAACACAUCAUUAAAGUAGAUGACGCAUUUGCAUAACAAUAUGUGCAUCGUUUACUCAGGAAAUCAAUAUUAUUAAUUUAGUAAUUUAAGGAUGACGUUGUCGUGCUCGUAAGGUCAAUUAACUCUAUUAUUUGUAACAAAUUAAUUUCUGUUUGUCUUGAGGUAAUAACUCUAAUAUGUUUAAUUUACUUAACACUUGAAAUGAAAAAAAAAGAAAGUAACAACUUAAAAUUUGUAAUUUUGCUUUAAGGCUCCUUUCCUCAUCUUCAUGGUAAGCAGAACUUAGGUUUUAAAAAGAUAAAUUCCAUUCGGAUUAGUAAGUAUCUUGUUUUGUUUGCUUAACCUUAACUCUCAAACUACAACAGCCUUUCAGUAAUUUUAUAUAACGACAUUACUCAUAAAUAAAUAAGUACAGCAACACAA